AUGGUAGUCAGCCCACCUACUUCAGUGCUGCUACAAGCAAUAUUCUUAAUUAGACAACCUCCACAAAGCUUAGCAGCCCGUGAUCUGGUGUUCGUACAGGCCAUAUGGAGACACGGUGAUCGUGCACCGCAAUCCUUGCCCUAUCCCAAUGAUCCUUACGAUGAAACCGCAUGGCAACGAGGAUGGGGGCAGUUGACCAAUAUAGGUAUGGAGCAAAUGAACGAGCUCGGCAUCUAUUUUCGAACGAGAUACGAUUUCUUCAUCUCGUCGCACUAUGUACCAAGCGAGGUCUACAUUCGAUCGUCAGAUUCAGAUCGAGCGCUUUCCUCAGCACAGGCAUUCCUAGCUGGAUUCUAUCCAGCGAGUGGCAGCUUUCAAUGGCAGAGUGGAAAUCAUUGGCAACCUAUAGCGGUUCAUGCCACAUCACCCGGUGAACCCGAUCUGGUAAGUAGUGACAAUAAAUUUGGUGACCAGCCAAAGAGUACGUCUAGCAGACUAUGA